AUGCUGGACAGCUUGGCGAGUAGCAAAGCGACAAAAUUCCGAAGAUGCGCUGGGUUUGUUGUGGGACGGAGCGUCUUGGCUGCGGGGGACAAUCCGGGGAUCGAGCCUCUUCGUGGCAUCCCAGACCCGGUCCUGAAAGUCCAGGUGGGACAGACCGACAAUCUGGGGACGAGGCUCGGACAACUUCCGCUUAGGACUAACGGAAGCAGGCCAUCGAGAUGCGAGCGGGAGACCGGAGACGGUCUCAGCACUGGCAGGCACGGGAUAUGGCUUCCAGGAGAGGUCGAGAUGGGAGCCACGCGGCGUGAGAUGUUGGGGUCAUGCGGGGGUCAGCCCAAGGGGGGGGUGUCCCUCGCGCAGGGUCUAAAUAACACUAAGAGGGCACUAAGAAAGCAAACAUGGUGGUUGGCUUGUCCUGCUGGUCGGUCAAAUCCGACGAGUGGGGGAUACAUGACGUUUGCUGGGCACGAUCGAUCAGCUGUCUCUCAAUCCGGGGUGCAGCAACAAAUGCCUCGGUCGCCAGCAGUUUUGGGUUAA